AUGAAGAUGGACUUUACAGUUUCAUCGGGCGCAUGCAGGGGCGCGUGCAGAUGUCAUUCCAAGCCCGUGAGUGGGGAGCAACGAAGUAUCGAUUCUUACCGAUGGACUGUGGCGUACGUAAGGGGAGAGGUGUUUGGCAAUGUUAUUGGAUCAUCGAGAUUCACGAAUACAUGCCUCGAGGAAGUUUUUAUCUUCAGUAAAAGUAGUAUCGGCAAAAUCGCCCCUCUAGCUAGUUUGCUUGUGUCUACCUCACAAUUUAAAGUAUGUCAGGAGCGUCGAAUUGGAAAACUAAUGUUCCACAUGAAUGGAGGCAGUAAAUUGGAUGUGUUAAAAAAGCUAGAGAAAAAAAAUAGCUCAAGUAAACCUAUCGGAAUUUUAUCCACAAUGGCGGGAAUACCAGUAGACGUAAGGGAUACAACUACAUUGAAUAACGAUGCUCUUGUUUCGAAUGAGUAUUUUUUGGACGAUGUAAUGCACACCGUUGCAGAGAGAAUACCGGAAAGAGUAGUGCAUGCUAAAGGAACGGGUGCAUUUGGUUAUUUUGAAGUAACUCAUGAUGUUUCUGAAUAUACAAAAGCUGAUGUUUUUAACGGUGUUGGUAAAAAAACUCCAGUUGCUGUUAGAUUUUCAACAGCGUUAGGAAAUAAAGGAGGAAAUGAUAUUGCCAGGGAAAUAAAAGGAUUUACCAUAAAAUUUUAUACAAAUGAAGGAAAUCUGGAUUUCUUAGGAUUGAAUGUUCCGGUUUAUUUAUACUCAGAUCCUAAUAUAUUCACUCAAUUUGUUCAUGCUUUCAGAAGAAAUCCGCGCACAAAUUUAUUUGAUAACACAUCACGAUGGGAUCUUAUAAUAUUAAGGCCUAUUCUUUUGAAUGCAUUAUUUUGGCUUUUCUCAGACUAUGGAUCUCCAAAUGGUUACAGAAAGAUGGAUGGAUUUCCAUUACAUACAUAUGAAUUGAAUAACAAGCAUGGAGAUAGAUAUUAUGCUAAAUUCAGUUUUAGAACUGAACAAGGCUUAGAAAAUCUAACAACAGCCGAAGCAGCAACAAUAUCUGGUCAGGACCUGGAUUACGCUACAAGAGAUCUGUAUAAUAAUAUUGCUUUAAAAAAUUAUCCAUCAUGGCGAAUAGAAAUGGACGUUAUGACAUCACAUGAUAUUACCAAUGUUGACUUCAAUCCCUUCGAUGUGACUAAAUUAUGGAAAAAUGGUACUUAUCACACAGUACAAAUUGGACGAUUAGUACUUGACAGGAAUCCUGAUAACUUUUUUGAAGCUGUAGAAUUAAGUGCAUAUAAUCCUGGCAGUUUAGUUCCUGGCAUUAAUAGUCCUCCAGAUACAAUGUUCAAAAGUCGAAGAUUAUUUUACAGGGAUGCACAAAAUUAUCGCUUGGGUAUUAAUCAUAACAGAAUUAAUGUAAAUGUACCGAAAUAUCUUAAGACGUAUAAUCGCGAUGGGGUAGCACCAGUGGAUGAUAAUAUGAAAGAUGCGCCAAAUUACUAUCCGAAUUCAUUUAAUGGUCCUGUACCUGUCGUCAAUGAGGCCCGUCCCAAAGCUCGAAUGAUUGUAUUUGAAAGUAAUGCAGUUGAUUUGGAGCCUACUUCUAAUUUCUAUAAAUACAUUUUGAACGAUGAAGGUAAAAAACAAAGAUUUAUUGAUAACAUAGUUUUAUCACUGGUUAAUGUAGUUCCAGAAAUUCGAGAAAAAGCCCUAAAACUUCUUACGCUUGUAGACUUGGAAUUAGGUAUAAGAGUUCGAGCAGGAGUAACAGCAGCUAGAGCAAGAGUAAGAGACGAAUCCUUGGUCACAAUUCAUCAUUAGAUACGUACUAUAAAAACAUCUUUUGAAGUGAUACUACUAUAUAUAGUUCCCCAUCUAUCAGAAUGUCCAGGGUAAUAUAUGUUCACUACUGACAUUUUAUAUACUUAUAUAUUUAGAGUUAAAAAUAUUAAUUGGAUAUACUUUGUCAGAGUUAGGAACAUAUUUAUAUAUUGGUUAUGUUUAUGUACA